AAACACUGCCUAUCACGUGAUAUUAGUGUCACGUUUUUUUUUCAAUUUCAUAUAAAAUGUUUAUUCUUAUUCCAAGUUAAUUUCUAAUUAUUUAAUAAUAAAUAAAAAAUGCCUUUAAUUGUUAUAUGUGGAAAACCAUUGACAGGAAAAUCGACAACAGCAAAAACAUUACAAUCAUUUUUUAAAGAAAAAUGUUUGAUAAUCGUUAGUGAUGAAGAAAAACUCUGUGAACAAGGAUUGGAUACAAUUUAUCGUAAUGCACAAAAUGAAAAAGAUUUACGUUCUUGGCUUAAAUCUGAAGUUCAACGUCAUCUUAGUUCACCAGACACUGUGGUCAUAUUGGAUUCAUCUAAUUACAUUAAAGGUUUCCGAUAUGAAUUGUAUUGUAUGUGUAAACAAUUUCAACAAACAUUUGCACUAAUCGAAUGUUUACCACCGAUGGAUACAUUGGAUGAAUAUGAACUAUUUAUCAAUGAACAUUUCGAUAACAAAACAACAAUCGAACAAAAUGAUGUUCGGAUACGAAAUUAUAGCAAAGAAAUAUUCGAUGAAUUAUGUGAACGUUAUGAACCACCCACGGCUUCUAAUCGUUGGGAAAAACCAUUGUUUCGGAUUGAAUUUAAAUCUGAACAAUUACCAUUGAAAGAAAUCCACGAAGCGCUAUUUCAACAUUCGAAACUAAAACCUAAUCGAAGCACACAAUCAACACCGAUGACAACCGAUAAUUUUAUCAUGGAAUUGGAUAAUCAAACACAAUUGACAGUGAAACAAAUUCAAACGGCACUUCAAUUGAAUCAACUUCAUGGAAUUCGAAUCACCGGCACAGAUGUGAUGGUCAAUCUAAACAGAAAGAUUCCAAUAGCAGAAUUGAAUAAAUUUCGGCGACAAUUUAUUAAUUAUGCCAAAUUGAAUCCAUUCAAUGACAAAGAUCGUAUUGUAACGGCAUUUGUACAGUUUAUAAACAAUAGUUCAAAUUUCUAAAUAAAGUCAAAAAAAUGGUGUUCAACGAA